UGGAUGGGCCACUCAUGUUCCCCAUCUCCUUUCAUAUGCCUGAACUCCCCUCUUUUCCCAUCCUCCCAUUCAUUGUAUCCCAUUCUUGGCUUCUUUCCUCUUCCAUCGCUUUGAUUUAUACCUCAAAUCAAUCAAUCUUUCUCUUUGUUCGUUUCCAUUUUCAGAUCUGGAUUCCCUGCACCCCAGCUGCUCAAGUGUCUGUUUUGUGCUUCCAAUUGCUGCAAGACCUUAGAACUCAAAUUGCCCAUGGUAGAGCUGAAAAUCUGUCAGAGUAUUUCUUCCAACCCGUCCCUGACAGAUCCCAAGGACUAGAAAUUUUCUGGUCAAAUGUAGAAAUUGGCAUGGAUUUCAAGUAGAAAAUGCUGCCAGCAACCGACCCAUAUUUCAAUUGCUGAUAGAGAUAACCAAAACUGCAGUCUUGUGUAAGUUUUUUCAAUGAGCAAAGAAGGUGGUGUGGGUGUGGGUGUAGGAGGAGGAGGAGGAGGAGAAGGGGCGACGCAACCUUCAUCCAAUGGAAGUAAUGAAACCAGAGAGAGGGAACCCUCCACUGUGCCUAGCCGUUAUGAGUCACAGAAGAGAAGGGAUUGGAACACAUUUGGGCAGUAUCUGAAGAACCACCGGCCUCCUUUGGCUCUUGCAAAGUGCAGUGGGGCUCAUGUUCUGGAGUUUUUGAGGUAUCUGGACCAGUUUGGGAAGACCAAGGUGCAUAAUCCUGUCUGCCCAUUUUUCGGACACCCUCAUCCUCCUGCUCCUUGCCCUUGCCCUCUAAGACAGGCCUGGGGAAGCCUAGAUGCCCUUAUAGGGCGCCUUCGUGCUGCAUAUGAGGAGCAUGGUGGGCAGCCUGAGUCCAAUCCUUUUGGAGCCCGGGCUGUGAGAAUCUAUCUCAGGGAAGUCCGAGACUUGCAGGCUAAGGCUAGGGGUAUUGCUUAUGAGAAGAAGAAGCGCAAGCGCCCUCCUCCAGCAACCCAGCAACAAGUGAAAGAAGAGCAGCAGCAGCAGACUAUUGGUAAUGGAGAGCCUGGGCCAAGCAGCACCUCCAUGAAUAUACCCUUGUCUGUUCAGAACUGAUGGACAGCAGCAUGAGCAACCUGGUGUGUUAGCCAUACCCUACAUGAAUGAAUUACUCCAUUUGGUCAAUAAGAUUUAGGCUCAGUUUAUAUAACUAGAACUAUGGAUAAACUAGUCCAUUUAGUCAAUAAGAUUUAGGCUAUAAGAACUAUGGAUAAACUAGCCCAUCAGUUUAUAUAACUAUGGAUAAACUAGUCAAUAAGAUUUAGGGUUUGUUAGACUGUAAUAUAUAUAUAUAUAUGUAUAUGUAUAGGUUAAUUGCAGUUAUAGGACGAGCUGGCUAAAUAGGACAGUACAUUCUCUGCAUGGUCAGGAUCAGUUGGAUCAUCAAGGCCAUUGACUAUUUGUGAAGAGGAAAAGUGUAUGGCAAUAUUAUAUAUAUGCUUAAAAUGUUUUUGCUUUGAAAGUCGCUAAUGUUAGUCUUAUAGACUAACCAAGAAACUUGUAGAGCUAUACUGCAGGCGCUUGUUGUCUGUUAUAGCUUCUCCAUACGUAAUGAAGUGAUAAUGAUAUUCCCCAUAUCUUGUUUCAA